AUGUUACGGAUUUGUUUGAUUUGGCUGGUCUCCAGUUUCUUUGCGGGUAACUUUGAAGAGCUGCGUUCUUCUCUCUGAAUUUUUAAGGCAAAUGUUGCAAAUCCACUAACUUGUUUUAUGCCUCUCAUUCCAGAAUCCAGUGGGCAGAUUGUCAUCACUCAGACACCGCCUUCUUUACAGGCAAGUCCUGGGGACAGAGUGACAAUCCAGUGCAAAGCUGCCUCUUCUGUCAGUAUCUAUAUGGCCUUAUAUCAGUUUAAAUCAGGACAGAAGCCCAAGCUACUGAUUUAUGAGGGUUCAACCCGUUUUGAAGGGACCCCUGAUCGCUUCAGUGGCAGCCGAAGCGGCAACGACUUCUCCUUCACUAUCAACGGUGUCCACGCCGAGGACGAAGGGGUUUAUUACUGUGGCCAAAGCUACAGCUUUCCUCUACACAGUGAUACACUUCAGUACAAAAACCAGCUCAGUGGCCUAAGACAGAAGGAAGGAAGGAAUGACUGUGGGUGUCUUGCAGCAACAGCAGCAUUCUGCGGUAGAACAUCUUUUUCCAGGUCAGAUUGUUCCAGGUUACAUCCCUGGCACUAUCAGCAACAGCAAAAGCGAGGAACCCCUGGCAAAUACCCUUUUGAGCCCUGUCAGACUUGGAUUACAUUGACAGAGAGUGAUAUGGAUGAAUCCAGUACCUCUCUCCUAACCUAA